AUGGGUGCUCGUGCCUACGAUGCGGCCAGGUCACAAAUCAUUACCGGCGAUCCUGAAAAGAGUCCACAGAACCCUGAUGUGAUUGGGAAAGCUGCCGCUGCGAUCGCGUCUACAGAGAAAUGUUGCAAUGGAUCUCCGCCUCCCAAACGUUUUUCCAUAGACCUCUCAAUGCAACAUCUAUCCUGA